AGUGUAACAUGCGUAUUUACGAUGUAGUGUUUUCCGAUUGAAGUUAAUUUUCGGUUUAGAUGGUGCAGAACGAUUGUUUUUGGAAUACACAGCUGAAUGUAGCUUCCAGGAUUGCCUUUCACAGAGUGAAGCUGAUGUGCCGUGUGCUUCGCAACAAUAGUGCUGACACUCAGGUCCUGAGAUGGGAUGUGUGCAUCGAGGAGGGAGUAAGGAGAAGAAAGAGGAACGCAGAACUCACUAAACGUAUAAAUCCCCAGAUUCCCAUCCAGUGACUUCUCCCCUCCCCUCCCCUCCCCCCCCAGAAUGUCGGCGGUCACAUCUCCAACCCAGUCUCCUCCCCCUAUUGUCAAUCCCCCUCCACCUGAGGUCACAAACUCCAAUAAACCUGGCCGAAAAACCAACCAGUUACAGUACAUGCAGAAUGUGGUGGUAAAGACUUUAUGGCGACAUCAGUUCGCGUGGCCAUUUUACACACCUGUGGAUGCCAUCAAAUUGAAUCUUCCAGACUAUCAUAAGGUCAUUAAGAACCCAAUGGAUAUGGGAACCAUCAAGAAGAGACUAGAGAAUAAUUACUACUGGACAGCUGGUGAAUGCAUGCAGGAUUUCAACACUAUGUUCACAAACUGUUAUAUCUAUAACAAGCCUACAGAUGACAUUGUUCUCAUGGCUCAAGCCUUGGAAAAAAUUUUCCUCCAGAAGGUAGCACAGAUGCCUCAGGAGGAGGUGGAACUCUUGCCACCACCUCCAAAAGGCAAAGCCCGCAAGCCUGGGGCUCCCCCCGGCUCAGAAAACCAGCAGGCCAUGGCGCUGUCAUCCGCGUCUCCCUCUUCGUCGUGCCCGGCUUCACCCCCACAGCCGCCCCAGACCCCAGUAAUAGCGGCAACGUCCGUGCCCACCAUCACCACCAACGUCCAAGCAGCGUCUCCUGCCCCGGCCAUGAUGCCGAGUGCACAACCCGUCGUCAAAAAGAAGGGAGUGAAACGGAAAGCGGACACCACCACACCCACCACGUGUGCUAUCACUGCCGCCAGGGGUGAGUCGCCCACCGGCAUGCUGGAAUCCAAGCAUGGCAAGGUGGUCUCGAGACGCGAGAGCACGGGCCGACCCAUCAAGCCCCCCAAGAAGGACCUGGAGGACGGUGAAGCGCUCCAGCCGGGCAACAAGAAGAUCAAGCUUAAUGAGAACCUCAAAUACUGCGACACCAUCCUAAAGGAGAUGCUGUCGAAGAAGCAUGCAGCCUACGCAUGGCCCUUUUACAAGCCUGUGGACGCGGAGGCCCUGGAGCUUCACGACUACCACGAAAUCAUCAAGCAGCCCAUGGACCUUAGCACGGUCAAAAAAAAGAUGGACAGCAGAGAGUACCAAGAUGCCCAGAGCUUUGCUGCAGAUGUCCGGUUAAUGUUCUCAAAUUGCUACAAAUAUAACCCACCAGACCACGAGGUCGUAGCCAUGGCGCGGAAGCUUCAGGACGUAUUCGAGAUGCGCUUUGCCAAGAUGCCAGACGAGCCCGCUGAGCCGUCGUCGCCGGGUGCCGCCUCGACCGCGCCGGUGGUCAGCAAGAGCACGGGUAGCAGCGAGAGUAGCGCGGACUCCUCCAGUUCCAGCUCCGACUCGGAGGAGGAGCGCGCAACCCGCCUGGCCGAGCUGCAGGAGCAGCAAUUCACUAUGGAGCACCCCAAGGGUAACAGGGCGGGGCAAAAAAACGGGUGUACCAAACGUUUUCAGCUGAAGGCUGUUCACGAACAGCUGGCUGCUCUGUCACAGGGGCCUGUCAGCAAACCAAAGAAGAAGAAGGAGAAGAAGGAAAAGGAGAAGAAAAAGAGAGACAAAGAGCGAGAGAAGGACAAAGGCAAGGCCAAGGUGGAGGACGAGAAGAAGGCCAAGUCGUCACAGCAGAACAAACAAGCUCAGCAGAGAAAGAGCUCAGCCAAGAAGCCCAACAGCACGUCCACUAGCAGUGUUGUUGUCGAGAACAGUGCCACAGAGCCGAAACUCAACCGAAACACUCGACUGUGCAGGCAGCCGAAGAAGGGCAGCAAGCCCAGCGGGACAGCCUACGAGUCAGACGAGGAGGAGGCUCUGCCCAUGUCAUAUGACGAGAAACGGCAGCUCAGCCUGGACAUCAACCGGCUGCCGGGCGAGAAGCUGGGCCGCGUCGUGCACAUCAUUCAGUCGCGCGAGCCCUCGCUGCGCGACUCCAACCCGGACGAGAUCGAGAUCGACUUUGAGACGCUCAAGCCAUCCACGCUGCGCGAGCUCGAGCGCUAUGUCAAGUCGUGUCUACAGAAGAAACAGCGCAAGCCUCUGCCGGGCACUGGGAAAAAGAGUGCCAAGACUAAAGAGGAACUGGUUCAGGAAAAGAAGAAAGAGUUAGAAAAGAGGCUGCAGGACGUGAGCGGACAACUGAACAACAGCAAGAAGCCGCCCAAAAAAGCAGAGAAGGCAGGGUCAGUGCCUGUGGGUGGGCCGUCUCGGCUGAGUGGCAGCAGCAGUUCUUCCGACUCAGGCAGCACUAGCUCCAGUGGCUCCAGCUCCGAAAGCAGCGACUCAGACUGAGCUUUUCCAUGCGCCUCUCAAAUUCUCCAACCUCUCCAUUUUCUAAUGAGUAGUGUGUGCUGUCACGAUAGUGUCUCACUUGAAGACCUGUUACAUAAAGAGUUAGAAGAAAAGAGGAUAUUUUAAAAUAAUCUGUUGUAGAACAUCCUGGGAUUGGAUGAAGACAAGUAUGAUAACGAGAGCUGAUGGAACUGUUUCGGGGUUUAUUUUGCUGGCCCUCAAAGGGAAACACCUGGUAUCACCAGAAAAAAAAAAAAGUUUUGUUUUGUGAAUUUUCUUUCUUUCCCCCGAACAAGUCAGUUGUGGAGAUCCAAACAGUUAUGUAUAGGAGUUCCAUUUGUUUCCUAAGGUGGUUGCUCAAGAAACCCAAAACGAAAACUUCUUAGUGGACAAACUGACAAAAUCUUGGCUGUGUAUCAGAAAAUGAGUAGCUUUGUCAAGUCUCAAAGUUUGAAGGAACAAGCAACUAACUGUUUCUCUUAAUGGUGUGGUGGUCAUGUUGGUGUGACGCUUCAGCUCAUUCCACAUUUAUUUUAUGGGUAAUGAUAAUUGGUUAUUGUUACCACUUUUAAAAUAGACUUUAUUUAUUUUUCAACUAUAAAGGCGCAGCUCACGGUUUUUGACUGUCAUGUAUUACAGAGGUAUCAAAAAAAAAUCACUUAUGGAAUUUUGGUGUAUCCCGAUUGAACAGGUAAUGCCCCGUGCCGUUCCAAGGCCCAAAUCUAUCUGCCUAAGUGUCAGUAUAGUGUUGGAAUCUGUACUUUGACAGGCCUAAAUGUAAUCCACAGUAGUUUUGGUUAGUUCUGCGCUGUAUUUUUUUUUUUUUCUCCUGGUGCUUGUUUCUCAUUGUCAGUAUUUGAUGUAUAAUUUUGUCAGAUAUUUUGUUUUUAAACUAUAUUAUUCAUUGAGUUUGUUUUUAUAUUUGAUCUCAUUUGGACAACUCAAUACCCACAUGAUGUAUUUCACUAUGAUGUAUGCCCGGAGCUGCCUUUUCUAUUUGUUCUGGAAUCCUUCAUCUUUCCCAAGUCCAAUCACUGGACAAUCAAAGACAAUGGUGACUAAAAUAUGUUAUUUAUAGUAUGAGCAGGAUUGGCUCCCUAGGUGGUCUCAUGCAAUGUCGGCAAAUUGAUCAUGGUGGAGGCAGUCAAGGUACCCAUUAUACUUGUUGAAUAUGUUCUGUCUUUUCUGAAAGACUCUCUAAAGCAAAACACUCUGACCUCUCGUGGACUCUUUGUAGUCCAGUCACCAUAACUGUCCCUGAAAGAUGAUUUGGAUUGUUCUGUAAACAUUUCAAACAGCAGUACUAGGUUUAAACUUCAGAAAAGGAAGGUUGUGUGUAGUCAUUUCCAAAGUAUUACAACUAAUGUAAUUGCUCUAUUUUAUUAAUACCUUUUUUAAAUGACUUCAUCUCUUUUGGAAUACUGUAUUAAAUGCUUUGAGUGGUACUUAAUGCUUCAUAGAACUUGCUGGAAUAUUUUCUUGCUGUGUCCUUGAAUUGGUUAACUGACUGGUAAACUCUAUAACAAAUGAAUGUAAUAGAGAGAAUUUCUUUUUCAGUUGCAGCAGGGUUGCCACCCCGGUAUUGUCAUGAGUUACAUUACAUACAUUUUAAAGGUUUAAACCCAUCAUUGUUUUCCAAAAAUAGUGUGUACACUAAAAUAACAAACCCAUGGUCUUGUUUUAAAAAUAACUGUAGAACUGAUUUGCAAUCUGUCAGGAUUGUUUUCAUUUUCUUUCUUUGGUUUUCUUUUUUUGUUUUUGUUCACCCUUUGUAGCUCAGAUAACACUGAAACCCAGAUGUCAAGAUUUGAUGUAAAGUGAACUUUUCGUCGGUUUUCCUCUCAGUAGUAAAAUGUCAUGAGUGUGUGUUAGUUUUUUCCCCAUUAAUGCCCCUGGAUUGUUAUAUGUCAAAAGUCAUCAUCUCUUGAUGUGAGACUAACCUGCCUUGGCCUAGAUCACGGAUCGUUGCGUCGGUAAUGUCUUUUUGUUGCAGUUCCCCUCUUCUCAAUCCACAAAAUGAUAAGAGAAAAAAAUGGGUUUCCUGAGUGACGUCAGCAAAGUUAAAAAGACUGAAAUAUAAAUAUAUAGGCUAUAUAAUUACAGAUAUAAAUGUAUAUUCAUUACUUAUUCGUUAACACGUCUUGGGUCUAAAUAUUUUAGUUAUUUUUUAUGAGAGCGAAAACCUUUGUGUAUUGCAUGCUGAUUUACAGUAUCUUUCUUAAAACUUUUUGAGCUGUUUAUAACAUGUAAAUGUCAUUCUUUGCAGUAAAACAUCAAUAUUAGUAGAGAUCCAGCAUAAAUACAGCAGGCUAAUGCAGGUUUAUAGUUGGGUUUUCAGACAGACUUAGGCAUUGAGAUUACGGAUAUAUAAGCUAAUUCUAAAUUUGGACUCUGAGCCCCCUUGUUUUUUUCAUAAAUAAAUUUUAAAAAA